UCAGCAGCAGCUCUAAAGUCACCAUGAUCCGUGCUUGCGUCCUUUUGGCUCUCGCCACCAGCGCUUUCGCUGGCUACGCCGGCUUUGGCCACGGCUACGGUCUCGGCUACGGCGGCUACGGUCUUGGUUACGGUCUUGGCUAUGGCGGCUUCGGCUAUGGUCUUGGCCACAGCGGUUUCGGCUAUGGUCUUGGCUACGCCGGCUACGCCCCAGCUGUGGGCCACGUCACCCACGCUGCCCCAGCCGUUGCCACCGUGGCCCACGCUGCCCCGGCCGUCGCCACUUACGCCGCUGCUCCAGCUGUGACCAAGGUCGCCACCACUUACCACGCCCCAGCUGUCACCACCGUUGCUCACGCCCCAGUCGCCACCGCUGUGGCUGCUCCAGUCGCUACCUACGCUGCUGCCCCCGCCUUUGCCGCCUACCACGCCCCAGCUGUGACCACUGUGGCCCACGCCCCAGUUGCCACCGCUGUCGCUGCUCCAGUGGCCACCUACGCCGCUGCCUACCACGCCCCAGCUGUGGCCACCUACGCCGCUGCCCCAGCUGUCGCCACCACCACCGUCCACCAUGCCCCAGCUGUCGCCACCGUUGCCCACGCUGCCCCAGCUGUCGCUGCCUACCACGCCGCCCCAGUCUACGGCUACGGUGUUGGCACCCUCGGCUACGGUGUUGGCCACUACGGUUACGGCCAUGGUCUCCUCGGCUAUGGCCUGAACUACGGCUACGGCCUUGGCUCUCCCUUCCACUACGGUGCUCUUCUCCGCAAGAAGAAGUAAACCCUUCAACUCUCACUUAUUCUAAGGAUCAAAAGAAGAGAAAUUACGAACACCCAGUCUUGUCUUGCUCCAAACGUGAGCAAAGACAGUUAAGAUCGGUAAAUAAAAUUGGUACGCACAGUAA